AUGAUAAAUGAAAUAGUGGAAGUAAAAUUCCCCGACAACAUACAAGUUCGUGUAUCUGCUAUCACUUGUGAAGAAGCUCUAUCGUUGAUCAAUGCCUAUCAUUUCAAAAACCCAAUUCAAAAAUUAAAUAUCCACGACUCACCUGCUUUCUAUCUGUUUUUCCUACAAACGAGAAAAUGUUUGAUGGAACACUUUAAUAAUGAUGAAAGUUUGGCAAAAACUUACGUGCAUUCAUUACCUCUAGUCACUUCCAUGGCAUGGAGGAAAGCGAGCAGAAAAUAUACGCAGGAGUACGAUCGGCUAUGCAAGAAUCUUGACUUAAGAGCCAAGUUGGAUCGGUUGUAG